AGUUUAAAUUUGAAUUUCGAAGUGAGCGGACGUGCUGUCGGAUGAAUUUAUUUUGGUUUAUUUUCGUAAAACUGCGCGGCUCCGCCACAUCUUGAAUUUUCAAAUAUUUCAAAUAUACGAAACGAAAAAAAAAACAAAUUGUAACGGGUUCUCAAGGAGUAAGGACGUGCGCGCGGCUACUCUCUCUCCGUAUUAAAAAUAAUUAAAUAAAAUAAAUUGCAUUAAAAAUAUUAAACAUAAAAGCGCGCGUCAUUUAAUUUAAUGCAAUUGGAAUGAACAACAAAUUCAAAUGUGCAACAUGAGAAUAAAGUGAACAAAAAGCAAAAGUGAAGAAAAAUAAAAUCAAGAAAGAAGGAAAAUAAAUUGUUGUAUUUUCCAAAUAUUCGAAAAUAUUUCGUAAAAAUCGAAAAUCAACACCAACGAAUAUUGCAUGAGUUCUAAAAGUGUUUAAGAAAUAUAAAUAAUAAAAAAAUAAAGAAAAAAGUUGCCGUCUUUGGCGGCAUUUCUUUUUUUUUGGAAUAAGCCAUAAACACCGUUAGGUUUUUUUGGUGCUGUGCGUGAGAAUAAGCAAGGCAAAUAAGCCCAAAGAGGAAUACGCAAAAGUGUGUAUUUUUGUGUGUUUUUUCCCAUUUUUUGCAUAAAAAAACAAUGUGGCGCGUGCACGUGUAAAAAAGCAUCAACAACAACAACAAAUGGCACCACCAGCAACAACAACAACAACUAAUUGCAAAACCAUGUGCCGCAGUUAGAACGAAGAGGACGCCACGAGGAAGAAAGGAGAGAAACAACAAAAUACAAAUACCAAAAACAAAAAAGAAAAGGAAAAUAUACACUCAAAGCUUCUUUUUUUUUACUUGAUACGUUGGUUUUUUGGUAAUAAAUUUCACGAGGAUUAUUACACUAAACAACAACAACAGCAACUACACACACACAAUAUAAAACUAAUUUAUUACCCAAAAAACACCAACCAACAGAAACAACAACAACAAAAACAAUAAACAUGCAUUGGAUUAAAUGUUUAUUAACCGCAUUCAUUUGCUUCACAGUUAUUGUGCAGGUUCACAGUACCGGCAAUUUUGAAUUGCGUUUGAAAUACUUUAGCAAUGAGAACGGACGUGAUAACGAAGGACAUUGCUGUAGCGGUGAAACGGAUGCGGCGACAUCCAAAUGUGUUGGCACAUGCAAAACGCGGUUUCGCGUCUGUUUGAAGCAUUAUCAAGCGAAAAUCGAUACAACAUCGCAGUGUACCUACGGUGAUGUCGUAACGCCGGUUCUCGGUGAAAAUUCGGUUAAUCUAACCGAUGCGCAGAGCUAUCAAAAUAAAGGAUUCUCGAAUCCCAUACAGUUCGGAUUCACAUUCUCCUGGCCGGGCACCUUCACAUUGAUCGUCGAGGCCUGGCAUGAUACGAAUAGCAGUGGAAAUGCACCCUCAAACAAUGUACUUAUCCAACGGAUGGCGGUGCAACAAGUAUUGGAAGUAUCAUCCGAAUGGAAGACCAACAAAUCCGAAUCACAAUAUACAUGGCUUGAAUAUGAUUUUCGUGUUACCUGCGAUCCUCAUUAUUAUGGCGAGGGUUGUGUGAAAUUUUGUCGCCCAUACGAUGCGGAUCCAUUUGGCCAUUACACAUGCUCGGAAACGGGUGAAAGGAUCUGUUUGACCGGAUGGCACGGAGAUUAUUGCGAAAAACCCAAAUGCAAAGGCUGCGAACAUGGUCACUGCGAGAAGCCCAAUCAAUGCGUUUGUCAAUCGGGCUGGAAGGGACCCUUGUGCAAUGAGUGUGAACCAUUUCCUGGCUGUGUUCAUGGAACAUGCAACAAACAGUGGACCUGCAUCUGUCAUGAGGGUUGGGGCGGUUUCUUUUGCAAUCAGGAUCUGAACUACUGCACCAAUCAUCGUCCCUGCAAGAAUGGUGGCACCUGCCUCAACCAGGGCAAACAUCUCUACACCUGUAAAUGCGCCCCGGGAUUCACUGGCCUCGAUUGCCAAACGGAGAUCAAUUCCUGUGAUGCCGAAGUUCCACCCUGUCAGAAUGGUGGCGUUUGCAUUAAUGAGCAGACUAAACGUGGCUAUAAAUGCGUUUGCCCCAACGGCUGGAAGGGACGGAUGUGCGAGGAGAAGCUGUUGACAUGCGCGGAUAAACCAUGCCAUCAGGGCACCUGCCGUAAUGUUACCCACAGUCCAAUUGGUGGUGCACAGAACAGUCAGCAACAGCAGCAGGGUUUUCAAUGCGAGUGCCCUAGUGGCUAUAGCGGAGCGACUUGUGAACUGCAUUUGGAUAACUGUAUACCGAAUCCUUGCCAGAAUGGCGGCACCUGUCAGACAAAUGGCCAAUGCUCAUGCCCCACCGGUUACACGGGAGCCAAAUGUGAGAUUAAUAUCGAUGAUUGCCAGGGGCACAAGUGCCAGAAUGGGGGCACCUGCAUCGAUUUGGUCAAUCAAUAUCGUUGCCAAUGUGUGGCUGGCUUCCAUGGUCCGCGCUGCAGCAACAAAGUCGAUCUCUGCCUGACCAAGCCCUGCGCCAAUGGCGGCAGCUGUACCAAUCUCAACAAUGACUACCAAUGCACCUGCCGACCCGGAUUCACGGGCAAGGAUUGCUCCAUCGACAUCGACGAGUGCGGCAGUCUGCCGUGCCACAAUGGCGGCACCUGCAUGAAUCGUGUGAACAGCUUUGAAUGCGUCUGCGCCAAUGGCUAUCGGGGCAAGCAGUGCGACGAAGAGUCCUUUGAUUCAAUCAACUUCGAUGCCCAUCAGUAUGGAGCCACCACCCAAGCACGUACCGAUGGCCUAACCAAUGCCCAGGUGGUGCUCAUUGCCAUCUUUUCGGUGGCCAUGCCUCUUGUGGCCGUGAUAGCCGCCUGUGUCGUAUUCUGCAUGAAAAGGAAGCGCAAGCGUGCCCAGGAGAAGGACGAUGCCGAGGCCAGGAAGCAGAAUGAACAGAAUGCAGUCGCCACCAUGCACCACAAUGGCAGUUCGGUGGGUGUGGUGGGUCUAUCCGCUGGCACACUGGGAGUCAAGCGCGGCAGCAGCGGCGGCCUGACCUUCGACAACACGAACAACCCCAAUAUCAUCAAGAAUACCUGGGACAAGUCGGUGAACAACAUUUGUGCCUCAGCAGCGGCUGCAGCAGCGGCAGCGGACGAGUGCCUCAUGUAUGGUGGCGCCCUGUCCAAUGCCUAUGCCUCAGCAGCAGCGGACAACAACGCCAACUCGGAAUUCUGUGGCGUGGGACAGAUCAAUAAUCCCGGCCUGCAGCGAGCCAAAUCUCAGAAGCAACUAAACACAGAUCCCACGCUAAUGCGUGGAGCAGCAGCCGCAGUAGCGGCGAGCUCAACCAAAGAGUAUAGCACGGGCUCGGGAGUGGGGACGACGGGCGCAGUGGGAGCCACUGGCGGCAUAGCACCAGGCGCUUCCGAGGGCAAACGGAUCUCAGUACUCGGCGAGGGAUCCUAUUGCAGUCAACGUUGGCCCUCAUUGGCCGCCGCCGGAGUGGCCGGUGCCUGUUCAUCGCAAAUGAUGGCUGCCGCCUCGGCCACCGGCAGCGGAGCGGGGACCACGCAACGCUCUGUGGUCUGUGGUACGCCGCAUAUGUAAAAAGACAACAAAAACCACUAAACACAAACAGAUCUAAAGACUGGGUUGCAGAGACACAAGAAGAAGAAUAAGAAGGGGAGACGCGCCAAAAGUGAGCCAAUUUAUAUGUGGCCUAUAAUUGAUUGAUUCGACUCGAUUGAUUGAAGCAGUUUUAGUCGUCAUAAAAUUUUUGUGUAACAGGCAAAAACAAAAAAACACUUUUAUAUCUCAACACUUUCUCACAAGCAAAAACUCACUCACUCACAUAUACACACACUCUGACACGACUAUUCGCUUUGAUUUUUAUGAAUUUUUUAUUUGUAUUUAAUUAGUUAAUUCGAUAAGGACAUAACUGACUUAAGCCUAAAGUUUAUAAUUCAUAAAUUUUUUGAUCUAAAUGAGAGAAUUACUAUAUAUAACACGUAUUCUUUCUCUUAAUCGAAAUAUAUAUGUAUAUUUCUUCUUGACCAAAAUGCUAGCCAGCGGCUCGACUCUAAACUAAGACUAAAAAGCACAGACAAAGCCCUAGCAGCCCCCAAACCAACCCCACCCUCCCUCCUACAAAAAAAAAUUGGACCAAAUCGAAUGAAUGAAUUGAUAAUGAUAUCUUUCUCUCUUGAUCCUGACGUUUUGCAUGUUACUGAAAAAUCUGCUUCAAUUUAUUGAAAUUGUAAAUAAUACACAAAAAAAAAAACAAAAUAAAAACCCACACAGACACAAAAGCUUACAUUUAAAUGUAAUUUAAUUAAUAAAUGAUAAGUUAGCAAUUAAAUUAAGCAAGAAUUCCUCAUUGACGCUGCUUAGGUAUAUAGGAAGGAGAGACUCAACUUUUCAUCUAAGCAUUCUGUAUAUAUAUAUAUAUAUAAACAUAAAACACACACACAUUGAUAUACGACGACACACUUACACGCAAGCAGAUAAAUAAUUGAUAACGGAUAUAUAUACUUAAAAAAUUGACUAUCUCAACUAUAUUAGUUUAUAUAUAAAGAUAUAUAUACAUAAAAGGCAUUAAACAUAAUUUUUAGCAUAAUUAUUAACUUAAACAAAAAAACAAAUGGAAGACAAACGAAAACUUUUAGUGAUUCUAUUAUAAGUUACAGUCCUCUCCCCCUCCAAACACACACACACACACACAUAAACUUUGCUAAAUCAUUCUUUAAAUUCUUAUUUCCAAAAAACAAAAUUUUAAUUUUUUUUUUUGUUUUUUUGAUUUUAAACAUAUUUUUUUAUUUCAUUUUGUUUAUUUGGUCUUGAUUAUUAUUUUUUGUGCAUUUAGCCACUUGAAAGAAGCAAAAGUCAAUGAUAAUGUUGUAUAUCUAAGUAUAUAUAUAUAUAUAUAUGUGUAGUGUAAAGCGAAAUCAACUGAAUUUAUAAAUUUUAAGAUGAAAAAAAAAACACAAUUGGAAAAGAAACAUUUCGAAUGAUCAACAAAAUAGUGCUCUCCUCUCUCAUUUAAACAUACAACUUUUGUUUCAUUUAAAAAACAAAAACCCAAAAAAUAAUAUACAAUUUAAUUUUGAUCUCAAUACACAAAAUCGCCCAUCCAUCCGCCUUCUCCUCAGCUACUAAGCUCCCUCCCUCUGAACUCUUCUCUAUUCUAAACUGUUUGCCCAAAUUUUCAACUCGUAUAUCAAAAUUAAAUGCAACAAAAAAAAAACUAAGAUUAAAAUUGCAAAUGGUUCCUCGUUAGUGUAAAAGCAAGACUAGUUGUAAAUGUGCUAAUUUGAUAAUACAUGCAUAUAUAUAUAUCCACAUAAAAUACUGAAAGACAAAAAGGAAAACGGAGGAAUCGAACAUAUAUUAUAUAUAUUUUCUAUACUCUAAACCACUUUGAUCCGAUCCUUUG